AUGGCAUCUUCUAUUCCUUUGCUUGAGACGCUUGCCAUUACUCUUUCAGGCACCGGCGUUGCUGAACUGGCAUUCAACAGACCCACAAGAUACAAUGCAUUGUCACCCUUGGCCUACAGAGACUGGCUUGCUGCUAUUCAAUGGGCAGCGACGUGUGAUGCUGUCAAAGUUGUUGUCUUGACUGGCCGUGGCAAAUACUACACAUCAGGUCAAGAAUUGCAAGAACCCGACAACAGCCCCGAAGGCAAAGAAUUUGUCAAGAAGAGAAGAGCAGUUACCAAGACUUUGGUUGAUGAAUUGAUCAAUUUCCCCAAGCUUCUGAUUGCUGGUGUCAAUGGACCCGCAAUUGGGUUUGGUGUCACCACUCUUGCAUUAUGCGAUGUUGUUUAUUCUGUUCCUGAAGCCACUUUUAAUACCCCAUUCAUGAAAUUAGCUUUCUGCGCUGAAGGAUGUUCCUCUCUGUUGUUCCCUAGAAUCAUGGGCGUUUCCAAAGCAAAUGAGAUGCUGCUGCUGGGACGCACAUUCACUGCUCCUGAACUCGUUGAAUGCGGUUUCAUCAGUCGCCUUUUACCACUGGAAGGCUUCCACAAGCAAGUGCUUGCAUUCGCUGAAGAAGCUGCUAAAUUCUCUGCUGAUGCUCUUGCUGUUACCAAGAAGUUGAUUCGUGAUGUUGAUCGUCAAGAAUUGCUCAAGGUGAAUGAGGUAGAGAUGAUUAAAUUGACUGAGCGUAUGAAGGCACAAGACUCUCAAGAUGCCAUCAAUGCAUUCGUUGAGCAAGCCAAGAGAAAGAAGGCAGCUAAGCUUGCAAAGCAAGGCAAGAGCAGCAGACUAUAA